AUGACCCUGGCCGACACUCUUGCGGCCGUGCACGACAACGCCGAGGCGAUCCAGACGGUUUCUCUGGACACCCGGAUCAAGGAGGAGGUGACUCAAGAUGCCGAGGAUUCUGGCGAGUUAGACAAGACGUCUGGUGAGAUCCAGGAAUCGCAUGAGAAGGAGACCGAGGCGCAAAUCAAGGCGCAGAAGGACGCCAUGGACAUGGCCAAGGCCGAAAUUGACGUGGCCGAAGGCUCCGUGGACGACCAGGACGUGUCUGAACUGCAAAAGGUGCAGCGAGCUCUCCACCAGGCAAAUCAGCCCGUGCGAAUCACCCAGCAAAAAACCGGAGUCACGCUGCCGGCAAUGAAACUGAUGACGCCGCCAGACGGGGGUUGGGAGGUGCCCGAAAACUUCUCAAUUGUGGUGGGCCAAAUAUACCGGUCGUCGUUCCCGCGGCCCGAGAACUUUGAAUAUCUCAAGCGGCUCAAGCUCAAGAGCAUUCUCGUGCUUAUUCCGGAAAUCUACCCCGAUGAAAACCUGCAGUUCAUGAAGGAAAACAACAUCCAGUUCUUCCAGGUCGGCAUGUCCGGAAACAAGGAGCCGUUUGUCCACGUGCCUCACGACGUCAUUACUCGGGCCCUGGAGAUUGCCAUUAACCCCGCAAACCACCCAUUACUCAUCCACUGCAACCGGGGCAAACACAGAACAGGCUGUCUUUCAGGCUGCAUUCGCCGCUUACAGGACUGGAGUCUCACCAUGAUCUUUGACGAGUACCGCCGCUUUGCCUAUCCCAAGGCCCGGCCUCUGGACCAGCAAUUCAUCGAGCUGUACGACAGCACCGAGGUGGUUAAACGAGCAUGGGACUAUGGCUGGUUGCCAUUACAGUGGUGA